AUGGCUUCUCAGCAGACUCCAAUGGCCGAGAGGGCGGCCCAGCAGAACAACCUUCCUGAAGAAAUGAUUGCGGCGGGUUUCCAGCCGUAUUACCAGCCUUAUCCAGGCCAGCAGCAGACCAUUGCACCCCCUCCGCUUGAGACGAGCAAACGCGCCGAGUUCACCAGACUGGGAUUCUUUGGUACUGCCCUUCUUUUGGGUAUUAUUGGCUUGGGUCUUUCCCUGUCGUCUAUCGGAGGAAGCGACAUUAGCGUUGCUAUUGCUGCGUUGCCUGCUUCUGCCCUUGCCACAAUUUGGAGUUUGGCCGAGGUCAUCACCAGAGCAGUCCGGAAAUUCAAGAGGGGCAUCCACCCCGGCGCCCACGUCGGCGUCUGUCUCAUCAUCUGGAUGAUUGCCAGCAUCACUGGCGGCAUGCUCUGCACAUAUGUCGCUCUGUACCGCGGCUACGAUGACGACGAAGAAUGCAGCUUCACCACCACCGACGGCGAGGGCCACGUAUCCUCGUACGACUGUGCGCCUCGGGAUCCUGCUCCUAAGGGCAAGAUUGUCGGCUCCGCGGUCAUCACCUGCAUGCUGUUCGCCAUCAACUUUGGCCUCUUCAUCGACGCCUGCAUCCAGACUCACAGGCGCAACACGGCCGCCAAGCGUCCGAUCAUGGUGAUUGCGCAGCCGCCGAACUGGCCUGCUGCACCUGUGCAGAUGCAGGCCCCUGCGGCCGCGGCGAAGGAGCCUGUGAUUAGGGAAUACUACGCUCCGGCUUGA